UUUCGUUAGAGAAUUUUUAAUUUCACCGGAGAAAUAUAUUUAUGAUUAAUUUGGCCUCAAUCUUGGAUUCGAUGUGAUCCCGCCAAACAAACUCUUACUCUUCCCCUCCUCACGAAAUUCUCCACCGUCGAAUAAUUCUUCGUCGUUCUCUUACUCUUCUCCCUCCGUUGAUCUGUGAUGUGUCGCCGGAAAAUUUAGACAUUAGAAGAAGCUUCGUGAAUCAUUUGUCUUUUAUGAAGGGACAUCGGAGCUGCCACGAGAUUUAUGAUGCUUUGUGGUUCUUUACGAGAUCGAAUUCAUCCUUGGCUUCGCGAUUAUGUUAAACUCCAAUCUCUCGCCGUCUUCCUUAUUUAUGCUCAGAUUGGGUGCGCGCUAAUCGGAUCACUAGGAGCAUUAUACAAUGGAGUUUUGUUGAUAAAUUUGGCGAUUGCUUUGUUCGCGCUUGUUGCUAUCGAGAGUAAUAGCCAAAGUCUCGGCCGCACCUAUGCGGUUCUUCUUUUCUGCGCUCUUCUUCUUGAUAUCUCAUGGUUCAUACUUUUCACCGAAGAGAUUUGGAGCAUUUCAGCUGAGACGUAUGGAACGUUUUUCAUAUUUUCAGUGAAACUUACAAUGGCGAUGGAAAUGAUUGGUUUCUUUGUGAGGCUAUCAUCCUCGCUUUUAUGGUUUCAGAUUUAUAGGCUGGGGGCUGCUAUCGUGGACACUUCACUUCCUCGUGAAACAGAUUCGGAUUUACGAAAUAGCUUCUUGAAUCCACCAACUCCUGCUAUAGCUAGACAAUGUUCAGGUGCUGAAGAAAUCUUGGGAGGUUCUAUCUACGACCCUGCCUACUACACCUCUCUAUUUGAAGAAAGCCAAACCAAUAUAAAUUCACCCAAAGCUACUCAGGUAAAUCAUUAUUCAGCUGGGAACAAUGGAUCACCAUCUGCUGCAGAGGCCUCUCAUAUUAAGUCUCCCAUAUUCAGAUCCUUGCAUUCAAUUGAUGAAGAGAAGGGUUUGAAGAAACCGGUUAGUCUCCAUUGAUUCCACAUAUGUUCUUGGUCGUAUUUGCAGUAUAUCUUUAUCACUGUUAAUUCACACAUAAUAAGAUAAAUCUUGUUUUGAAUAUCUUUUGUAGGAAGAAAUGUGUUUGAAGCAAACGGGGAUGGCUUCAAUAUGAUUCAAGAAGGGUAGUGUGACCAUUUGUGCAUCUAAGCAAACGAGUUGUCUGUUGAGGUUUAGUUAUCGGAUUUUGAAGCCGAUAAAAAUGCUAUUCAUCAGUGUUCCAUAAGCGAGGGAGAAUUAUGAAGAGUCGUCGUGUCCAUACAAAGCAGAGCAAGAAGAUUACAUAACACCUACAAAAACAUGAGAUUCUAUAUGUUGAGGACAAGUAAGCACUGUUUCUACUUUGCUAUUUCAUUAUUUGUUUUGUCUGAAAAUAUGUUAUUUUUGGGGAUAUAUGGUUUAGAAUAGAGUCGGAAUCUACUUGAUGCAUCAUCCAUCAUAUAAAAUUCUUUCCGAGUUUUUUCUUGCGUGUAAAUGGAAUGGAGAUACUUUCUUUUUAUGUUUUUGGUUUGCAAGUGGAGAUAGUAAAUUAAAAGAUUUCGG